GAGGAGGAGGAGGAGGGGGAAGAGGAGGAGGAGGAGGAGGAGGAGGAGGAGGAGGAGGAGGGGGAAGAGGAGGAGGAGGAGGGGGAAGAGGAGGAGGAGGAGGAGGAGGAGGAGGAGGAGGAGGAGGAGGAGGAGGAGGGGGAAGAGGAGGAGGAGGAGGAGGAGGAGGAGGAGGAGGGGGAAGAGGAGGAGGAGGAGGGGGAAGAGGAGGAGGAGGAGGAGGAGGAGGGGGAAGAGGAGGAGGAGGAGGGGGAAGAGGAGGAGGAGGAGGAGGAGGGGGAAGAGGAGGAGGAGGAGGAGGAGGAGGAGGAGGAGGAGGAGGAGGAGGAGGGGGAAGAGGAGGAGGAGGAGGAGGAGGAGGGGGAAGAGGAGGAGGAGGAGGAGGAGGAGGAGGAGGAGGAGGAGGAGGAGGAGGAGGAGGAAGAGGAGGAGGAGGAGGGGGAAGAGGAGGAGGAGGAGGAGGAGGAGGAGGAGGAGGAAGAGGAGGAGGAGGAGGAGGAGGAGGAGGGGGAAGAGGAGGAGGAGGAGGAGGAGGAGGAGGAGGAGGAGGGGGAAGAGGAGGAGGAGGAGGAGGAGGAGGAGGAGGAGGAGGAGGAGGAGGAGGAGGAGGAGGAGGGGGAAGAGGAGGAGGAGGAGGAGGAGGAGGAGGAGGAGGAGGGGGAAGAGGAGGAGGAGGAGGAGGAGGAGGAGGAGGAGGAGGAGGAGGAGGAGGAGGAGGAGGAGGAGGAGGAGGAGGAGGAGGAGGAGGAGGAGGAGGAGGAGGAGGAGGAGGAGGAGGAGGAGGAGGAGGAGGAGGAGGAGGAGGAGGAGGAGGGGGAAGAGGAGGAGGAGGAGGAGGAGGAGGAGGAGGAGGAGGAGGAGGAGGAGGAGGAGGAGGAGGAGGAGGAGGAGGAGGAGGAGGAGGAGGAGGAGGGGGAAGAGGAGGAGGAGGAGGAGGAGGAGGAGGAGGAGGAGGAGGAGGAGGAGGAGGAGGAGGAGGAGGAGGAGGAGGAGGGGGAAGAGGAGGAGGAGGAGGAGGAGGAGGAGGGGGAAGAGGAGGAGGAGGAGGGGGAAGAGGAGGAGGAGGAGGAGGAGGAGGAGGAGGAGGAGGAGGAGGAGGGGGAAGAGGAGGAGGAGGAGGAGGAGGAGGGGGAAGAGGAGGAGGAGGAGGAGGAGGAGGAGGAGGAGGAGGAGGAGGAGGAGGAGGAGGAGGAGGAGGGGGAAGAGGAGGAGGAGGAGGAGGAGCUGUUAAUAUAUUCCCAAUUUCAUCCAGACCCUCGCACUUUUAAAAAGGUCGUGACCACGGCGACCCAAAGACCGAAGAAAGACGGUGCCGACAUGAAACGAUACGACGCGGAAGCACUUGCACGGUAG